CUUCCCUCCUUCCUUCCCCUCUCGCUGUUAGCCUCCGACAAGCUCACUCCCCUCCGUUAUCGUGAAGCGCUCCCCGAACCAAACAGUUGUACCGAACUCACUCCGGCACCUACGCCACUGCUGGCAACGACCCAUCGCCAUCAUGUCUACCUCCGCUCGCCGCCGUCUGAUGCGCGACUUCAAGCGUAUGCAGACCGACCCGCCAGCUGGUGUCAGUGCUUCUCCCAUUAGCGACAAUGUCAUGACAUGGAACGCUGUCAUCAUCGGACCUGCCGAUACUCCCUUCGAAGAUGGUACCUUCCGCUUGGUGAUGCACUUUGAAGAGCAGUAUCCAAACAAGCCCCCGGGCGUCAAGUUCAUCUCGCAGAUGUUCCACCCGAACGUUUACGCCACCGGGGAGCUGUGUCUCGAUAUCCUGCAGAAUCGCUGGAGUCCGACUUACGAUGUCGCAGCGAUUCUGACGAGUAUACAGAGUUUGUUGAACGACCCGAACACUGCGAGUCCUGCCAACGUCGAAGCCAGCAAUCUUUACAAGGAGAACAGAAGGGAGUAUACUAAGAGAGUGAGGGAGACCGUUGAGAAGAGCUGGGAGGGCUAAGUUCACCUAGCGAACGGCGGUUCCACUGAGGCCGGAGGGGAUGUAAACCACGACUUCUGAUGUGUUGACAAACAAUAUAUUACUC